GACUAUGAUAGCCUAAACUCUAUGUAAGAAAAUUUCCAAUCGUGUCUAGGCGACCGUGUAUUUGAAGUAGGGAUAAACAUAAUGGCGUUGUUAACAUUCAAUUAUUAGCGAGGUUUGGGAGGUUGACGCUUGAUUUUCGUUGUAGCGUUACUUUGUUCAGUAAAGUUUAGCAAAAGUUGGACUAAACUUUGAAAGAAGUAAUAAGUUAAAUGACAAUAGAUUAACAAAGUGAUUCGUUAUACCAGUUAUUAUUGUUCUCUUGUUUUCGCAAGUUUGGAAUCUAGUCCUCUGAAAAAAUAACGAUAUAUUCAAUUAUGUCUUCGAAACGUAAAGUUGGUGGAAGUGGUAAUGGACCUAACAAGCGCCGCCCUAAGAAACAGGAGAUUGAAGAGGACUUUAGUGAUGCUUCUAGUGAUGAAGCCCAAUCUACCUCAAACCAAGUGGAAGUUUUAAUUCCUAAUGACGAUUUGGAACCACCUACCAAGUUACCUGAAGAUCUUCUGUUAUCUCUAGAUAAGACUCCGGGCAAAUUGUUGAUUGCUGGAAUGGUAACAUGGGACUUAACAGGAAAACGGGAUCGGAAAAAUGUAGUUAAAGUGCGCCCUAAUCUUUAUAAUUUUCAUCGUUUUUCUGAUGAAAUGUACCGCUACUGUGCUACUGGUUCAAGCUCUGCUCAUACACUACUUAUUAAUAUGGAUCGCAAAGCUCUAGCCUUUGGUCGUAAUCCUUCAGGACAGUUAGGUUUAUCCGAUGUAAAAAUAUGUGAAACUCCUACGCUGGUUCCAGGAUUAGAGAAAUUUAAUAUUGUUCAAGCAGCAUGUGGUCGACAUCAUUCCCUCUUUUUGACUGACACAGGUAGAGUUUACGCCUGUGGUGAAAAUAAGUCUGGCCAAUGUGGUAUUGGAAACACACUUCCAGUAGUAAAUAAGCCAACUCCGAUAAAUUAUGUAGGAUCUCCAAUUAUUCGCAUUGGUUGUGGGGCUGAAUUUUCCGUGAUCCUCGAUAUUAAAGGAAAUUUGUUUACAUUUGGUUUACCUGAAUAUGGCCAGCUGGGGCAUAACACAGACGCAAAAUACUUUGUUAAUGCCAACAAAUUGUCAUUCCACUUUGAAACAUCGCCUAAAAAGGUUGUAUUAUAUAUUGAAAAGAAUAAGGAAGGACACGUUACACCCGUGGACAAUGUUCAAGUUGUGGAUUUUGCUUGCGGCAAUAAUCAUACGGUGGCAAUUGACUCGAAGAAGCGCGUGUAUAGUUGGGGAUUCGGUGGCUUUGGUCGUUUGGGCCAUGCUGAGCCAAAAGAUGAAAUGGUACCUCGUUUAAUUAAAUAUUUUGACACUCAAGGCCGUGGUGCUCGUAAUGUAUACUGUGGUGCAACUUUUAGUCUCAUUGUCAAUGAACUAGGUGUACUUUUCUUAUUUGGACAAAACAAAAAGACUGGAGAAGCAAACAUGUACCCAAAACCUGUCCAGGAUUUAUCGGGUUGGAACAUCACCGAUAUUGGUUGUGGAAACACUUCUAUUAUUAUUUCUGCUGACGAUACCUUAAUAGCAUGGGGUGCUUCUCCAACUUAUGGUGAAUUAGGCCUUGGUGAAUUCCAAAAGUCUUCGACUAUCCCUAAGGAAGUGCCCAAAAUGGAUAAUAUAAAAAUACCUCAGGUUGCUGUUGGUUAUUCUCAUACAGUUUUACUUGUUGAUACUGAUCACGAGCCGACAAAACUCAAGUAUGAAAAACUGCCAGAAUAUACCAUCGAUAAUUGAACAGAGUAAAUUUAAUUGUAGUUGUUGACUUUCGUACUACCCCUCAUGCAUUUAUGAUAGAAAUAUUAGCUCCGUGAUAAUUUUACAUCGCGCCUUGAGAGUUUAAAGAAGUAAUUCAAUACAAAUAAUUAUUAAUAAAGUAGAUAUAUUUACAUGUAAGUAGAUUUACUAAGUUCCCGGCCACUAACGUUAUCUGUAUAUUCGUAAAACAUAAUAUCAUUAAAUUUUUUGCAAUUGUAUUGCUGUGCAUUUCUAAUAUCUACAUUUUAUAAAACGGGUUUGUAAAAGAUGUUCGAUAGAUCUGCAGUACAUUUUCUUUCAUAUCGGAAUCAACUACAUACUUAUUUAGAAGUAAGUUUAAUAAAGUUAAGAAUCAGUGUCACUGUUUUAUA